AUGUCAAUGCAAUCAUCAAUCCUGCCAAGCAAACCCGAAAUCCGUGAGCUCGCUAAAAUCCUCCGUAAAAAUGGCGACCAAGUACUCAGUGGUUCCAGCAAAUUAUCACUCUCCACAAAACUUCUCCACGAUCUAAACGACGCGUUUUCUCUGAUCGUCGACGACACCAAAGAACUCGAGAGUUCGUUCCAAGUUUGCAACAACUCCGAAAUCGAGAUAUUCCGUGACUUAAAAUUCCUCCACGACUUUGUCCAAAAGACAAUAUGGCUGAAAAUAGUGAACACAAGCGAUCCAGUGACUGUUGACAUAACAAAAUUUCGUCACUUGCGCUACCUGGAGUUGCAAAAAGUUUUCAUAGAUAACGUUAGAGGUAUCCAGGGAAUCAGGGGCCAAUUGGAGAGCAUAUGCUGUACCGGUAACGGCGGGGUCGGUACAGUAGGUCGCCUUCUGAGCUCCUGCGGUGGUGACGCUGGCGUCGGGUUUGUCUGGGCGUCUCUUAACCGUCUUUCACUGCCGUACAAUAAUCUCGGUCGCCUGGACAAAUCUUUGGAAUUAGCACCGUGGCUCUCGACGAUCGACUUGUCCCAUAAUUUUAUCAGCGCUGCUAAUGAAUUAGACUGUCUCCCAAACCUUAAAUACGUAAACUUAAGCUACAAUAAACUAGAAUCGAUUCCUUUUUUCAACCGAUCUUCGUAUCGGACGAUAACGAUAAUAAUCCUGAAGAACAAUUACAUUGAUGACUUAACCGGGUUAGAAAAUUUGGAUUGUCUUUCAGAAUUGGACAUUUCUUAUAAUUGUCUGCUGAAUCACUCAGUUUUAUGGCCGCUGUCUUCAAUCACGACCCUGCUGUGGCUAAACUUGGUCGGUAACCCUCUGUUUUACCAUGACAAGCAUCGUUCUUGCACCCUCCGGUACUUGCACGCAGCUCUAGCAGAAAAUAAGUUCACACUGGACCUUGUUCCGCUCAGCAAGUCUGAAAAGAACCAAGUAAGUGACAACAGAGCUUAUACAAUCCGAGGGAAAGUUAAAUUAAGUGAACGAGUGUGUUUGCCAGCGGAAAUUGACUGUGUCGCGGAAAUAGUCUGUGUGCCGGAAAACGACAAGAGAAGAAGGACUGUCGUUAAAGAAGUUGACAUUGAUGAUCUUAGCGAUGAGUUUGAGGUUCUUGGAAUCGAGGAAACUCUUGGGAAAGGAAAAGGAAGGAAAAAUGACCGGGAAAGUGUUUUGGAAACUUCGAUGGAACAUUUGGAGACCAAGAAAAAGAUUUUGGAAUUAAGGGAAAAGUUUGGCGGUGAUUGGUUGAGGAGUCACGCAGGUUCCGUUGUUCAGGAUAUCAUGGGGCUUGAUAAACAUCCUGUUGCGUCCGUUCCGAGGAACCUUGAUGAUCUGGAAGGUCUGGAUGGGUCGGAGAACGGACAAAUUGUUGAAGAUCAAAGAUCUCAACAAGAUGAGCAGCAAAAUAGCGGUCAGGUUGAAGAAGAACAGAAGGAACUGGAGAUCGAGUUCGAGGAACCGAGUAAUAAUAUAGUGGAACUGAAGGAAGAAAUUUAUGAUCCUGAAGAAGAAACUGGUGAUUUGUUUCUGGUGAGUCAGAAAAAUCCUGAUGAAGAGGUAUUUUUGGUUAUUACUGAUGAAUAUGUUAUUGAACGAGAUUCAAUAACGGGGAAAAUAAAGUAUCGGUGGUCAAUGGACACUGUUCUGUCGUGUAUAAUGGGCCGCGGUGAGACCACGAGCGUUGAUUUUAUCUUCGACACAACGAGGCGCGAUCGUCAGUCGAGGAUGUACUACGUUGAUGGAGAAGAUGCUCUUAAAAUAGUGAGACUGAUGGCAGGGAAAAUUAAGAAGCGAGCUAUUGUGUUGAAAGUAUUCAAGUGCAUGAAGUGCUCGACGCAUUUUUCUCAAGACCCAGAUUAUAUUGUUGGGGUCGGGAUGAUGGACAUGAAACCUUGUUGUCCGGCUUGCAAGAGCUCGUUGGUAAUCCAGACUGAUGAGUUGACUACUCCAGAUGACAAACCUGAUGAAAAUGGUAAUGGUACAGAAGACGGUGAUAAUGUCAGUUUCAAGCUGAGUUCUACGACGGAAAUUGAAAAUGUCACGAGUAUGGAUCUGAGGCACUCCGAGUCGCAGUCGAGUAUUGGUGGAAUUGAGGAUGGAUCUUUAUCAAUUACCACUUCUUUGGUGUGUACCAAGUCUCAAAACCAGCCUCAAGUUCGCUGUUCAGCGACAAGUCUCGAAGAUUCGCGUGAAUCAACGCCAUCUACCGGGACAGUAAUGAAAAAGUACGAGAGUGACAUUGAAAUAUUGAGCAACCCAAGUCAAAGUAGUAUUGAAGUAUUAGAUGACGGAACUAAAUCAAGCACAACGCCCAAUCGGAAACGAUCAUCCGAAGAGCGUCGUAUUGCGAUAGCGCCAUCAUUAUUAACAAUUCCGGAUGCAACUCCUGUUAUGGCGGGUCUAACGGAAAGUAGUUCAUCAGGUUCUAUGACUGACAGUGUUUGUACCACAUACGAAAAUAAGCAUAAGACGCCAACGAAACUCACAGGAAAGAAUUCAAACGACUUGGAAAUUCAACCCGGAAGCUUAGGAAGCAUCAAAGAAUCUCCGUUUACACCAGUGUCCAACCUGACAUCAAUGCUAGGUGGCCUGUUAAGUAGUAUAAAAAUAGGUGCCAAGAACUCGACGUUGAAAUUGGACGAACCGGAGUACUUGAGCACAGACAUACAAUAUUCCUUUACUAAUUUUACUAGUGUAGAUCAUCGUAUAAAGUUGCACUUGAUAUUAAACGUGUUUGAGUUAGAAAAUGAAGAGCUUGUUUUGUUUUUACGGUCUGAAAUUCUACUGCAAAAUCAAUUAGUUCCAUUUGCGGGGUGUUUGGUUCUAUCGACAUCAAAAAUUUACAUUCUCAAAAUCGUCGGAGUUGAAGGGGAAGAUCCGUCGCGUUGGUUGCACAAAGAAAUUUCCUGGACGAUGGACCGCGUCCGUACAUUCGUGCCGUUGCCUUUCAAACAGGGUAUCAUGAUUGAAUUAGAAAACACGUUGACAAAUCGGUUAAAUAACAGCAGCGUCGCGGAUCAGGAUAAUGUCAACAAUAACCUACAUUUGUUGUGCAUUCUGCAAGACUUUCAAUGGACAUCAAACUUGAUGUUCUACUUAACGGAUUUGCCGUUGCCAACCAGCUGUGAAGUUGAGUUUGCAAUUGAUGAGAAUUCUACCGCGUUGAUGCAUCAACUUAUGACUGAUUCUAAGUAUAGGAGAGAUAAUGACGCGGUAAGAAUUUUCGCGAUCUUUUCAUUUGCGAGCUUAAAUAUAGGUGAAAGGACUGUCCAGGUCAACAUGGCGGGACUGUUAGUUACUACUUCCUCGAUAAUUGUUACGGAAGAUAAACUGCAUUGGAUGUUACCUGAAACGAAUGAGGAACCGAUCAAAUUGACUGAGCAAUCAAUAAGCAAUCUCAUUGAAGUGAUAUCAGACGAAUGCACAUUAGGCUUAAGUUUCCUCGAUGAAGUAGCUGGCAUCGAAGAACUCUGGACAUUCAAGUUUGUAUCGACCGAAGCGGCAAAUGCUGUAAUCAACGCGAUCCAACCCCCAUGGGAGGAAUUGUUCUCAGUGCCCUUGCAAAUAACAACAAAGACACCUGCUGAUGUAAUCACUUAGAAUUCGACAAAGAAAAUAAUAAAUACUAUUAAAUUGCCUUACGUGAAAUCGAAUUAUUAAAAUACUCUUUUUUUUUACAUAACACUAUCAUUUUUAUGAACUCUUAUAUACUAGCCUUGAAAUAAUUAAUAAAUUAAUUAAUUAAUACAUACGAAUGUUAUAGAUACAUAAAUAUACAAAUGAUAUUUUUGUAUCGGUUGAUAGAAAUAAUUAAGCAAUCAUUAAGUUAGAGUGUAAUUAAUAAUUAUAUUUGUAAAGUAAAAUGUGCUAAACAAAUUCGAACCUGUGAUAAAUAAUAUUAUCUUGUAAAUUAUGAUUAAUAAAACAAUAUAGAUAAAU